GUUCAAGCUACGAACAACGAAACAAGAGCCAGGUGAGACUGUUGAUUCUUUUGUUAAAAGGAUUAGAAUACUUAUUGAUGAAUGUCAAUUUACAAACCCUGAUGAACAUAUCAUAGACACUCUUAUUUUUGGCUCGUCAUCAAAACGUACACAGUCAAAACUUUUGGAAUAUGAUAAAACUCUGACCUUAGACCGUGCCUUAGAAAUUGCCAGAACUGAGGAAGUUACAAAUAACCAAAUGAAAAGUAUAAGUUCAACUCAUAUAGAUGCCUUGAAGCAUUCUCGAAGGUCGUAUGCCAAACCUCGAGGUCCACCCAUUUGCAUGUGUGGGAACUGUGGUACUGAGCAUGAUAUUUCAGAUAGAUCUUUAUGCUCUGCAUAUGGCACAAUUUGCAAGGCAUGUGGUAAGGAAAAUCAUUGGAAAAGAGUGUGUCGUUCGAAG